UCGUCCAAGCCGAGUGAGUUACCACCUCCCUUCUCCCCGGAAAAGGUGGAGGUAGGCUUCGGGGUGUGGUCGUGGCAGUAUGGGGGACACGUGCUAUGUGGGAAGACGGGACCUCACCUGCCUGCUGUGGUGUUAGCCUCCUUCAGGGAUGCUGCUGGGGCAGGAACAGGAGGGUCCAACCCGAGGCAUCACGACCGGAGGCUUUCCCUCACCCCCACAGACUCCCAUCAGAAGGCUCCCGUAUUGGAACUAAUCGACCCUGCUCGCAGAAGUUUGGCCCCAGCGUGGGGACUCUGCCUCAGCUGGAGCCGCCGGUGGUCCAGGUGGUGGUGAGCAACGCCAAAAACCAGCACCAGCCGUCUGAAAACAUCCUGCCUCAGAUUGCCAACAAAGGGAUUCAAAACAACUAUCAGACGCACUCGGACGAGAGACCGAAGCCCACUCAGCAGUUCACGAUGCGCUUCGGUGCAACCAUGGAUAAAGUGUCCGUCUCCCGCAACAGCAAGAUUUUCGGCAACAAGCUGGAGAAGGAGAAAGCGUACGAGGGACAGCGGUUACCCAUGUCUCCACUGGACGCGCUGAAGAACUUCCAGGAGCGGCUGACGGAGUACGAACAGGAGGAGAUCAUGGACUACGCCGAGACCUGGUUCCUGGGUCUGGGCUCUCAGAAGAUCGAGGGCGCCCAGGGAGCGCCGCAGAACUCUGGAUACGACGACGAGCACGGGAGCUACAUCAGGGUGCUGCACGACCACAUCGCCUACAGGUUUGAGGUGCUCGAAGUGAUCGGCAAAGGCUCCUUCGGUCAGGUCCUGAAGUGUCUCGACCACAAGAACAACGAGCUGGUGGCCAUAAAGAUGAUACGCAACAAAAAAAGGUUCCAUCACCAAGCUCUGGUAGAGCUGAAGAUCUUGGACGUAAUAAAGAGGAAAGAUAAAGACAACCUGCACAACGUCAUCCACAUGAAGGAGUACUUCUACUUCCGAAAUCACCUUUGCAUCUCCUUUGAGCUCCUCGGGGUGAACUUGUACGAGCUGAUCAAAAAAAACAACUUCCAGGGUUUCAGCAUCGCUCUCAUCCGCCGCUUCGCUCAUGCACUUCUCAGGUGUUUGCAGAUGCUUCACAGGGAGAAGAUAAUCCACUGCGACCUCAAACCGGAGAACAUCCUUCUGUCCCAGAGGGGACCCGGGAACAUAAAGGUGGUGGACUUUGGUUCAAGCUGCUAUGAACAACAAAGGGUGUACACCUACAUCCAGAGUCGCUUCUACCGCUCCCCAGAGGUCAUUCUGGGUCACCCGUACAGCAUGGCCAUCGACAUGUGGAGUCUGGGCUGCAUCCUCGCUGAGCUCUACACAGGCUAUCCUCUCUUUCCAGGAGAGAGUGAAGUGGAGCAGAUCGCCUGCAUAAUGGAGGUUCUUGGAAUGCCUCCAAAUGAUUUUAUUCAGUCCGCAUCGAGGAGAAGGUUAUUCUUUGACUCCAAAGGAAACCCGAGGAACAUCACCAACAGCAAGGGGAAGAAACGGAGGCCCAACUCCAAGGAGCUGUCAGCCGCGUUGAAAACAAACGAUGCUUUGUUCUUAGAUUUCAUCAAACGCUGCCUCGCCUGGGAUCCCACCAAGCGCAUGACUCCUGAUGAGGGAUUACAGCACGAGUGGAUCUUAGAAGGGAAUUUCAACAAGGUCCGUCCCAGAGCCAGACCCACAGUGAAGAAGACCUCCGACAGUUCGACCAGCACGGACAGACAAGUGAACAGCAAGCCUGCAGAGAAGGUCAGCUCAGACAGCAACAGUGACGACAAGCUGCAGAGGGACAGUUCAGCCUCAGACACAAAGAUGGACCCCGCUGAGCGUCUGCGGCCCAUCGGAGCCUCGGCCGAGGAGGAGGUGCGCGAGAGCGAGGGCAAGCUCUCCGCAGAUACCAAGCAGCAGGAGCGCAGCGGAGAGAGGCCCGUUCACAUCAUCAUCAAACCUCAGGAAGAAGCGGGAGCGGAGAGAGACGACAGCCAGGAGCCGUCUCAGUGUUUGCCUCCCAUCGUGUAACAGUCGGAGGGAACCGUGCUGCGUUCAGGGCGGUGCAGACGAUGAGCGUUCAAACUG